AUGUCGAUGUUAAUGUCAAUGGGAGGCGACGCCUCCGUCGAACCUUGGUUUGCAGAUCUACCUUUGUCGGACCCACGAUGCAACAACGACAGCUGCACGGCUUACCACCAGGCUCACACGGCCUCCCAAGCCCAGAUUAGCUUUGAAUCACAAUUCCGAUACGGCUGGUGGCUCGCCUGGGCUUACUCGAUCGUCAUCGUCCUCUUUGUCCUAGCUCACGCUGCAAAUUCGCUAAUGCCACGACAUUUCGAUGCCUCGAUGCGAACCAGUGCUUGGGACAAGGUUAUUGCCAUGGCGAGAAAGGCCACCUACAGACGCAUACCAGGGAGGGCUGCGCAGUUCUUUGCUCUUCCAUCCUUUGGAGUGCUAGCUCUGAUGAUCUUCAUGUUUGCCGGGCUGACCAUCAUGGCCUUCGUACAACAUCCAUACUACAGAGGAAAGAGAGGCUAUGGUAGUCCACCGCUGGGCGUACGUACGGGGUUGAUGGCUUUUGCGCUUAUACCUCUAGAGCUGGCCCUUGCGGGCAAGGUCAAUCCAGUGACGUGUUUGACGGGAAUUGGCCACGAGAAGCUCAAUGUGAUCCAUCGGUGGACCGGUUGGGCUGUGCUGUUCCUCAGCGUCGUCCAUACUGUCCCCUUCAUCGUCCAGCCACUACGUGAAGGAGGGCCUUCGGCACUUCACAAACAAUACUAUAAAGCCGGAGGGAUGGAGUUCACAGGCACUCCGCCGCUAGGGAUGCUCGUUGGACUCGUUCUGCUGUCCCUUCCACCGCUGCGCCGUCUAGCUUACGAACUCUUUGUGCAGGUUCACCUGGCUUUAGCAGUUGCGUUUCUAGGGCUCUGUUUCUGGCAUGCGGCAAAGUCUCUGGACUCCUGGAACUAUCUUUGGGCCACCGUCGGUAUCUGGCUCUUCUCGCUGAUGGUCCGCAUGACCAGGAAGACGUCGCUGUUCUCCAUCCGGGGGCCGUUCUCUCAGAGUCAGGCCGUCAUGACCAAACUACCGCACAAUAUGGUGUGCCUAGAUGUGUCUGUGAAGGGAACAUGGAAAUGGGAGCCCGGGCAGCACUUCUUCUUGCGAUUCCUUGGCCUGCGGCCUCUGGACAACCAUCCGUUCACAGUCUGCAACCUGCCAAAGCAUAAGGAUGGGCGGACGGUCAUGACGUUUCUUGUACGGCCCCAUGAUGGCGUCACAAAAAGAAUUGGAGCAGUGGCAGAGAGGAAGACAAGCAUUGGCGUCUGUGUCGAUGGCCCCUACGGCACGGUCAUCCGCCCGCGUAUUGAGACUCGAUACCAACAAGCCAUCCUGGUCGCCGGAGGGGGCGGCAUCUCGGGAGUUUUGCCCUGGCUUGAACACCUUGCAUCCCAGAUCGGCAAGGAAGGCUCGUCGUUGAAGUCUGUCCACCUGGUGUGGGCAGUGAGGACAGCAAACUGUCUGUCCUGGGCCGCAGAGGAUGUGAGGGCGGUUCAGGAGCAGAGCAGCCCCGGCACAGUCACAUAUGAUGUUUGGGUUACGGAUCAGAAUGAUGCUUCUGGUGAAACGACCGAGACGACGGAUGACAAGGAGGCGCAGGUCGUAAACAGAGGUCAAGAAGAUACCCUUGUCCAUGUCUCCCACUUUGGUCAGCGGCCAGCCUUGGCGGAAGUGAUGCCCGCGGUAGUCGGAGCAGGGAGGUCAAUCGUGCUCGGAUGCGGGCCGGAGAGUCUAAAGGUUGACUUGAGCAACGUUGUUGCCUCGAUGCAGGGUGAAGUGAUCAAGGGGCGGAAGCAGGAGUCCUCACGUUCAGCACCGAGUCUACCAGCUGGAAAGAUGGACACCACUCUGCCUAGCUCCAGCAAGCUCCACCUGGCCCUCCGCCUUCAAGGACGACUUGAUCCCCAUGCGACAGAGGGUGGGGAGAGAGCUGCUCCUCAGAGCCAGAGAGCCCCAAGUCAGGACACUUCCGGCGUUCAUACUUAUCCCAAGGGUGUCCCGGACUGGAGCAAUCUCGAGGUCCUUCAUCGCAACACCCUCAAACCCCGCAGCAAUUUUGUCUUCUAUGAUCGCCCAGAGGGUGAAACUGGCUGCUGGGUGCACGAGCCAAGGUACCGACUGCUGUCGGGUACCUGGAAGUUCCACGUCUCGUCGACACCGCUCCAGGGGCCAGUCGAGUUCUACGAGAAUGGCUUUGAUGCUUCGGGAUGGGACGACAUCGCAGUUCCCGGUAUUUGGCAAUUGCAGGGGUUUGGCAAAGGUCCACAGUACACCAACCUCGACUUUCCGUGGCCUGCCGACCCGCCCAACAUCCCGCUGGAUGACAACGAGUGUGGCCGCUACGUGACCACCUUCCACGUUGGAAAGGAGGCUCAAGGAUGCCAACUGCGAUUGAGAUUCGAGGGCGUCGACUCUGCCUUCUCCGUGUGGGUGAACGGAAACAAGAUUGGCUACUCGCAAGGCGCCAGAAACCCCAGCGAGUUUGACGUGACCGACGCCAUUGACAUUGGCUGCGACAAUACCCUUGCCGUCGAAGUCUACCAGCGCUGUGACGGCACAUAUCUCGAGGACCAGGAUCACUGGUGGAUCAGCGGCAUCAUCCGCGAUGUCUAUCUGCACAUAUUUCCCAAGACUCAUAUUGAAGACUUCCACGUGCAAACAUUGCUGGACGAUGACUACCGCAAUGCCACAUUGAAAGUCGACGUCAGCGUCAACGAGGACACCGCGGUCAAAUUGCAGCUCUAUGAUGACGAAUGGAAUCUUGUCGCCAGUGAUAAGGUCAAGUCAAAGCACGGAAAGAUCGUGUUUAACCUGUCCAUCAAGAAUCCUCACAAAUGGACUGCCGAGACGCCGUACCUGUACGAGCUGUUCCUCUCGCUCGACAACGGAACGGCGACUCAUGCAAAGGUGGGCUUCCGCCGCGUCGAGUUGAUCAAUGGCAUAUUCUCGGUCAACGGCAAGCCAGUCAAGCUCCGAGGAGUCAAUAGGCACGAGCAUCACCCUCAUUCAGGAAGAGCCGUGCCCUACAGCUUCCUCAAACACGAUCUCCUUUUGAUGAAGCACCACAACAUCAACGCGAUCCGCACAUCUCAUUACAUCAACGAUCCGAGACUGUAUGACCUGGCGGACGAACUGGGCCUCUGGAUCCUGGACGAGGCAGACCUGGAAUGUCAUGGGCUUGGCGUCCUAGGUGGUCGUGCCGAAGAUUUUGCCACUGACAACCCGGCUUGGACCGAAGCAUACGUCGACCGCGCCCACCAGAUGGUCAUGCGCGACAAGAACCACCCGAGCGUCGUCAUGUGGUCCCUGGGCAACGAGUCCUUCUACGGGAGGAACCACAAAGCAAUGUAUGACUUCAUCAAAACUGUCGACACGAGCCGGCCGGUGCACUACGAGCCGGAUCAUGGAGGGCAGUCAGUGGACGUCUUGAGCGUAAUGUACACGUCGCAAGAGGAGAUGGCCCGCAUUGGCCAGGAAAGCAACUGGGACAAGCCCAUGGUCAUGUGCGAAUACGCACACGCCAUGGGCAACGGCCCCGGUGGGCUGAAGGAAUACGUGGAAACGUUCUACAAGUACCCUCGCUUGAUGGGCGGCUUCAUCUGGGAAUGGGCCAACCAUGGUCUGCGUGCGUACACCAAAGAUGGGGAGGAGUACAUGGCGUACGGUGGAGACUUUGGCGAUGAUCCCAAUGACGGCCGUUUCGUGAUGGACGGGCUUUGCUUCUCCAAUCACACGCCAACUUCGGGGCUGACCGAGUACAAGAAACUCAUCGAGCCUGUGCAGACCCUGGGGCUUGACGGGGACGUGGUGACGGUCAUCAAUAGGUACGAUUUCGCCGGCUUCGAGCAUCUCUCGUGCAAGUGGUCCAUCGUUGAGGAUGGAAAGGUCGUUGAAGGGCAUGAAGUGCCACUCCCCAAGGGCGUAAAACCGCACACAACUGCAAAGCUUCAUAUCGAGCAGCUGCCCCGCAGUGUCAAACCUGGGUCGUAUCUCACAUUGACCUUUGCGCUCAAAAAACACACAAAGUGGGCUAGGGCCGGGCAUGUGGUUGCUGUCGGCCAGCUCCGGCUUUCACCGCCGCAAGACCUGAAGACGAUUCUGCAUACUGAAUUAAACAAGGGCGACGCCCACAACACGGUCAAGCAGACAUCUCCCACAGAGAUCACUAUCGAGAACGAUGAGGGUAACACAUAUGUCUUUGACCUUAGCCAAGGUGCCCUGGUCUCCUGGACGCGUCCGAAAUCUUCAAGGAACGUCCUGACAGAGCCGAUCUCGUAUGAUCUCUAUCGUGCACUGACAGAUAACGAUGCCGGCGGGAGGUUUGGGCAAGAAUGGAAGGCCAGGCGAGUGCAUCAGGUCAAGACGCACUUUGUCAAGGCCGAGUGGCAGAAGACGCAAGGAGGCAAGGCUGUCGAGGUGGUCAUCGAGGCCCGGAUCGCACCUCCGGUGCUGAAUUGGUCGGUACACACGGUGACUACCUUCGAGUUCAAGGGGCCCGUGGUCAAGAUCCACGUAGAUGCGAAGCCGCAGGGCCUGCUCCUUCCUGGGACUUUCUCACGCUUUGGACUCAAGUUCGCCCUCGCAGAUGUCGACGCUGUGCGCUGGUUUGGCCGCGGACCCGGCGAAAGCUACAACGACAUCAAGCUGAGCCAGCAGUUCGGCAACUGGGAGAACUCGGUCGAUGGGCUGUUUGUCGAUUACGAGUACCCCCAGGACGGCGGCAACCGGACCGACGUCCGCUGGGUCGAGUUCCUAGGCCAUGGGGAGGGCAAGGGCGGCGAGCGUCUCUUGCGCGCGAGGUUCGGCGACCUCGAGAACGCUAACUUCCAGGCGAUGCACUACACCGCCCAGGAUCUGGACGAGUGCAGGCACCCGUACGAGCUGAAGCCGCGGAAGCGGGACGACACGGUCGUGCACCUGGAUUGGGCGCACCAUGGGAUUGGGUCGGGCAGCUGCGGGCCGGCAACGCUCCCGGAGUACGAGCUGAGGACGGACCGGGAGUACUCCUUUGAUAUCAUUCUGGACUAG